UCAAUAUCUUGCCACGUUACCAGUUACCAGUUACGUUUGCCUCUCUAUAUAAAUCUAAAGCUAGAUCAACACAAAUAAUAAAGCCCAAAACCAAACAGAGAAGGAAAGAAAAAUGGCAGGACUGUUCGAUAAACAAGCAGAUCUCUACUUGGACGGACGGCCCACCUACCCAAGCGAAUGGUACUCGAUGCUUGCCGCUCGCACUCCUCGUCACUCGCUCGCGUGGGAUGCCGGCACUGGCAAUGGUCAAGCCGCUAUUGGGCUCGCGGAGCACUAUGACAAAGUGGUAGCAACGGACGUGAGUGAAGCCCAGCUAAAACUGGCAAUGCCACACUCAAGAGUUCAAUACAUCCACACUCCCUUAACCCUCUCCGACGAAGAGCUAAUCUCCUUAAUCGGAGGCGAAAACUCAGUAGACUUAAUCACAGUUGCACAAGCCAUCCACUGGUUCGACCUCCCGAAGUUCUACUCCCUGGUCACGCGCCUCCUGCGCAAGCCUGGAGGCAUAUUCGCAGUCUGGUGCUACAACGACGUCGUCGUUAGUCCAGAAUUCGAUCGUCCGUUCAAGCAAUUUCAUGACACGACACUUCCAUAUUGGAACGGGAAGAUUCGAUACUUGUUUGAUGGGUACAGGGAGCUGCCAUUUCAGUUUGAGAGUGUUGGGUUGGGUUGUGAAGGGAAGCCAUUGGAGUUGGAGAUACCCAAGGAGCUGAAGUUUGAAGGGUUGUUGAAGAAUUUCAUGUCGUGGUCGGCUGUGAUUACUGCUAAGGACCAAGGUGUGGAUUUGUUGUCUGAAAGUGUCGUUCAAGAGCUUGAGAGUGCUUGGGGUGGGCGUGAGCUUGUCCGGUCUGUGGCGUUGAAAGCUUUUAUGCUUGCCGGGAAGGUCAAGAUAAAUAUGUGAUUCUGGAUUUCUUGUCAUGGCAUGUAUGUUGGUGCCCUUGAUUAAUAAAAAUAACAAAACAAGAAUUGGAGUCCA